AUGCCAUUUCCCUUCAUUGGCUCAAUCAAAUAUAUACAAUCUUACUUAUAUGCAGUCGGCAUUUCUGCGUCCAGCUUAGUCAGUGAUCCACUAGCCAGCAAAUAUUGUUUCACUAUACACCACUUUGAUAUAGAAGAUGGUAUUAUUCAACCGCAGACAAAAACGAUUGAUUUCGCCUACUUACCGGGUGCCUCGGACAUAGUUUGUAUCAAUGCCUUACACGAUGAAAUCACCGAUGAAUAUUUUGUUGCUGUUGGCUUUGUAAAGGAAGGAGAGAAUGGAUAUCUUAAUAUCUAUAGGUCAAGAUCUGAAGAGAAACUCCCUGAGAAUUGCUUGAGUUAUUCAAAACUGCCUUGUGUUCCUCUUCACCUAGUUCAUGCUCACUGUUUAAUUAAAGAUGAACUUCAAUGGGCAUUCUUCUUGUCUUUUGGUGAACCAUUCACUGAAACUUCGAAUCAGAGUGAAAGCAAAACUCAACCACGAAUCAAGAUAUUCUCCAAAUUACUUGAUACUAAUAUUCUUGAAGAAACUGAAAAUGAUGAAGAGACAGAGAAAUUAGGAUUAAACCACUCUCAGACAACUUUACUACUUUUCCCAGAAUUGGCUAAUUUACCGUCUACAUCGAUUUUUCUCAACAUGGAUUUUAAAAUCAUGGAUAAUUUACGACUGUCUGCUUUUGGUUCACAGGAUGGAUGGUUUGGUGUAUUUGCUGUAGAUAUGAAAGCUCGUAGAGUUGUACAACAUUUCCACUACUCGCAUGAAUCACCAAUCACAAGUAUUAAAGUCUUUCAACACUUUAGUACACGUAAUGUCAAUUCAAAAGAUACAACUACUAAUGGGGAUAAAAAAUCAGAGUGUGUGCAAUUGAAAUACAUCAAUUGUUUAGUUUGCUCUGCUUUUGAACUCUCCGUUGUCUAUUGGGAUAUCUUCAAACAUAACGGUUUUGGGUCACAAAAUCAAUAUAUUCUACCGUGUAGUGCAGAUUUUGAUCAUGUCAAUUGUGCAUCAGUUGGUGACUUUAAUUUAGACGGGAAACCUGAAAUUAUACUUGGUACAUUCGGCCAACGAUUGUUGUAUUAUGAAUGGGAAUAUAGUGAUACUGAGUUGAAAAGCGGACGCUAUACAUUAAAAUCUCAACGUUCACUACCUGGUCCAGUAUUUUCUAUAUCACCGCCAUUGGAUUUAAUUGGUGAAGGUCUACUGUCAUUUGCUGUUCUAACUAGUCGUGGCCUGCAUGUAUUUCAACAUGAUAUCCAGUGUCUUAUCAAAGAGAUUCAUCAUAGACUGAAUAAAUGCGUUACGCAACCUGCGAUUUUAAGCACUUAA